AUGACGAUGAUACCGAUUGCCGAUGACGCAUAUGAUAAAGUAUGGUUCCUGCCAGAUACAUCACCGCCAAUGAUUAUGAAAACGACAAGGCCUCGCGAUGACACCUACUCCUAUUUGAGGGAAUUAGAAAAAUUGAAGGAAAUGUCACAUGAAAACGUCGUCCAACAUUAUGAUUCGCCAACCGAGUAUCGCAGGGCAAAAGUAUUGAAUGGUGAUGAAGUGAAGGGAGAGGAUGUUUAUAAACGUGAUAUUUAUGGAGCUGGAUGGGUUGUGCGGCUUGUGGAAGGAUGCACAGAGCGUGACCCGUGGCAGCGUCUUAACGUAGAGCAAGCGCUGGUGCUAUGCGAAGCGGCUGCAAGGGGAUUCGUGAACUAUCACGCCAAACCAUUCCAAAACUCCUGCCAGGAACGGCUGAUACCAUCAAUUCGAUACGCCGACGAGGGAGAUGAGGCACAUUCAGACACCGAAGAGAAGAUAGGAUUUCCGGAAUUAUUGAGUGUCGCCGAUUCGAUCUUUAGGCCGAUGAAACGGUGGAAUCGGAGAAAUGUCAGUUCUCUCAAAAUUGGGCACGGCGACGUCGGGAAUCCCGUUGAGCCAGACGGCGCCUUGUAUUGCCGGAUUGGCCGCGAUUUUGUCGAUAUGGAAGCUGUAUGGACCGGGAAUUGCGAAAAGCAAAAAGCGAGCUGUUGCGACGAAAAGCGGAUUUUGAUUCCACGACUGUUUUGUGGAGAGACGUUUUACAUGGUGCUGAUUGCCAUUUCGCUUCUCUGCCGUACUUACGCUGACGUAUGGAUGAUUAUGACGUCCACAAAGAUUGAGGCAGCAAUCAUCGAGCGUGACGUGGGUGAAUUCGUGCGUAGCGUCAUGUCGUACAUCCUGGCCAUGCCCGCGAUCUCUGUCGUCAAUGCCCUACUGAAAUUCUCGCUCUCCGAGCUGAAACUACGCUUUAGAAGCCGGCUGACAAAGGAAUUGUAUCAGAAAUAUCUGAAGGGCUUCACCUUCUACAAAAUGUCGAAUCUCGACAACCGGAUCGCCAAUGCCGAUCAAUUGUUGACACAAGAUGUCGACAAAUUCUGCGAGGGUCUCGUCGAGUUGUACAGCAAUUUGUCUAAGCCGGUAGUCGACGUUGCGCUGUACGUCGGGAAGCUCGGAGGAGCCCUGGGUUGGCAAGCCCCAGCCAUGUUGGGCUGUUAUCUUCUCGCUUCCGGCGUUUUCCUCACAAAUCUCCGAAAACCGAUUGGCCGCCUUACCGUCGAAGAACAAGGGCUGGAGGGCGAAUUCCGUUUCGUGAAUUCUCGAUUGAUCAUGAAUAGCGAGGAAAUAGCCUUCUACCAGGGGCAGAACAGGGAGAAGACGACCAUUCUCUCUUCAUUCGAUGCCCUCGUUGCCCAUUUGAGAAAAGUCAUUCUAUUCCGUUUUAAUAUCGGAUUUGUUGACAAUAUCGUGGCCAAAUAUUUUGCGACGGUUGUUGGAUGGUUUGCCGUCUCGCGGGCCUUUUUCGACCUGAAAGACGAGAGAAUGAUGGCGAAGAGCAAGAAUGAAUUGAUUCAGGACUACUACAACUCGGGUCGAAUGAUGUUCCGAUUGGCCGAGGCAUUGGGAAGAUUGGCAUUGGCUGGAAGGGAAAUGACACGACUCGCCGGCUUCACCUCAAGAGUUGAUGGGCUGAUUCGAGUGCUCGAUGAUCUCGAUAAGGGUUCCUACCAACGUACAAUGGUAUCUGAUCAAUCGUCCACAUCGGGCGAAAAUCAAACCCUAAUCAAUUCAUCAGCAGCUGGCUCGGGCCAGUUGGUGACCGAAGACAAUGUCAUUCGAUUCGAGGCUGUACCCCUUGUCACUCCAAAUGGAGAUGUCCUCGUCAAAUCACUCGAUCUCGAGGUGCCCUCCGGGACGAAUGUGCUGGUUUGCGGGCCGAAUGGAUGCGGGAAAAGCUCUCUAUUCCGUGUUCUCGGCGAGUUAUGGCCUCUUUUCGGGGGAAGAUUGACGAAACCGGCAAAGGGGAAGCUCUUCUACGUUCCACAGAGACCCUAUAUGACGCUGGGAACGCUGAGGGAUCAAGUCAUCUACCCCGACAAACAUUUCGACAUGCUCAAGAAGGGAAUUCGGGACGAGGACCUCGAGGAAAUGUUGGAGAACGUGCAGCUGGGCCAUAUUUUGGCGCGGGAAGGAGGAUGGGAGACGACACAGGAUUGGAUGGAUGUUUUGUCCGGAGGGGAGAAGCAGAGGAUUGCCAUGGCCCGCCUGUUCUACCACCGGCCCCAAUUCGCGAUUCUCGACGAGUGCACUUCGGCAGUGUCAGUAGAUGUGGAGGGGGAUAUGUACAGGCUGUGUCGUGAGAAGAAUAUCACUCUAUUCACCGUUUCCCACCGCAAAUCACUAUGGGUUCACCACGAAUACUACUUGUAUAUGGAUGGACGCGGGAACUAUCAGUUCAAGAGGAUAGAAGAGGGCACCGAACAUUUUGGCUCG